ACAGUUCAAAAAGCACUGCUUCCUCUCUCCUUUUAUCAAAUGGCUUCCCUAAACUUAACCAAAAAUCACCGUGAUGAUACCCUUGAAGAAUCUGACAAAGACUGGACACUUCCUUCUCAUUCCAACAAUAGAAAGAAACGGACAACGGAAAAGUCAGCAAAGAAGGGCGCUAAUGUGGAUGCAAAGAGCUUUCAAAGGUUAUGGAGCGAGGAAGACGAACUAGUUAUCCUCGAAAGAAUGAUCGAGUAUGAAUCCAAAAAGAAUGCCAGCCCCGCAGCAAAUUAUGAUGUUUUUUAUACUUUUAUCAAGGACAAAUUGCAAGCCGAAGUGAACAUAACUCAACUGAAAGAAAAAAUUAGGAGAAUUAAAAGAAAAUAUAUGAAUAAUAUUGGCAAAAGGAGCGUUGCGAAGCCUCACGAGGAGAAGUUGUUCGAACUCUCACAAACAAUUUGGGGUGAUAACAUAGUUGACAAAGAAAAGAGAGCAGCCAAGGUUGAUGACGAUCUGCCGAAAGCUGGUAAACUGAUUGUUGCAAAAGAAAAAAACAGUUUGUGUGGUGGUAGUUCAGGUUCGAGUUUGGUUUUACACGGAGGGAGUGCAGCUGAUUUAGAAGAUUGGUUUAGAAGGAACCCGGGGUUGAUUAGCAAAGAACAAAGACAUGAAGUAUUGAAGAAAUCGCAUUCCGUGAAGAUUGCUAAGGCUGAACACCAAUUGAAUGAGAUAACCCUGAUGGAGGAACAAGUGAACUUGAUGACUGAUGCUGUGAAAGCUUCUCAGGAAUGAUGGCCAGAUAUUUCUCCUACUUGUUUGGGUUUUUCAAUUUUUGUUUUCUUUUGUCUUUUUUUUUCUGCUAUUGGGUUUCUUGUGCUGCUCUAUCGGGUUCUAAGAGCAUUGGUUGUCAAUGAUGAGGUGAUUAUAGGCAUAAAUACCUUAAACCAUUAAUCUACUGUCUUCUUUUAUUUUCCCCUUUUUGCUUCUGUAUUGUGGAAAAGUGACAGAGGA